AUGUUCAAAAAGAUCUUUCGGCCGCCUUCUUCGGCUGUCACUCAAGGCCAGAAGAAGGAUCCCAAAAAGAUAUCUCUAUCUGAGAAGGAAAAUGAAUCUUCUACUACCCAACCAUCUCCUCUGAACGAGCCGCCUGAAGGAACCGUCCUGUUGAGCGACAACAAGUGUAGUGAACAACCAAAGCAGGCUGAAUUACCAACCAUUGACCCCUUGAACAUCACCAUUGAGGACCUCGAUCCUUAUGCUAAGCCAAAUCGGAUGCGUCGUUCCAAGAGCUUCUCCUUCCAGCCUUCUUCUAAGCCUGAUCCAGGUUUCAAGUUACCCAGAAGUAAGUCAGUUCACUUUGCUGACCAAUUGGGGAAACCAGUGAAGAGCAAGAAGCCAGCGACGCCAGAUGACAAGUCUCUGGUUUACACUAACAGUUCUGGAGAUGCAGAAAAGGAGAGUCCCUACCAGAGCAUCCAUAACCGUCUUCUGGGUAUCUUUUUCAAGAGCGAGUCGCCAGAACCUAAGGAGCCUCAGUUGGAAAAAGCUGUUAAGUGUCUGAGUCAUAACUUGCUUGUUUCAGGAGAUGUGUCCCAUGAGCCAGAACUUGGUGACGCCUAUAUGGAUGAGAAGCCUGUUGAAGCCUUGAAGUGUGUCGAAGAUGGAGAGGAGGGAGACGAGUGGGAUGACUCUGACGAUAUUUUCGAAGACAAAGACGAGAUCCCAGCUCUUGAGAAACUUUCUACAUUAUACCAAAAGUACUUCUCUAGUUUGCAACUUGAAGGUGAUGAUCUUGAUAACGUCAUUUCGGGUAUUGACUUUGGCAUCAAUGACACGCUUCAGGAGACCAAGUUUUGCAAAGCCCUCCUCUCUACAGCAGAAAAGCGGGCAGAUGAAGCAGAGAAUGAUACAAAGGAUUGGAAGGAGAAGUUUACGGAAAGUAGUAACAUCUACGAGAAGUUGAAGCAAGAAGCUUCUCAGAGAGAGGCUGAACUCGAAAAGAAGUUGAAGGCCGCUAUGCUCGAGUCGUCUUCAAGUCUUUCUUCCUUGAAUGAAAAGUUGGAGCUGUGCAAAUCCGAGUUGAAACAGAAAGACAAGAAGAUUGAGGAGCAGAACAAUCUUCUUCAGCAGAUUACAGAUGAGAUCAAACUACUCACGAAAGAGAACCAAAAGGCAGCCGUACGCUGUACCAAUGCCUCUUAUGAGAGAGAUUCCUUAAAACAAAGGAUCAACGAAAUAGAGUCCUCCGUUACCCAGGAUAUAAAGGCAAAGGAUAAGGUUAUCAGUGCAUUGAAGCUCGAGAAGCAGGACUUCGAGAAGUUGCUUACCGCCAAGGUAGAGGAGGUGAAGUCUAUCUCUAGUAUCAGCAAUGAUCAAGAAGAUAAGUUGCAGGUUUUAAAACAAAAGAUCGAGGAGUUUGAAACUUCCAAGGCUGAAAUGGAGUCUAUCAUCUGUGUCAAAGAUGCAAAGAUCCUGGAGCAAGAGGAACGUUCGGAUGCAAUUGAAAGCAGUAUGAUCCAAUUGAAGAAAACCAAUCUGAGCCUUAAUGAAGAUUUAGUUCAGUUCAAGAAAACCAUUGACGACCUUAGGGCUGAUAACAUCAAGGCCAUGGAGAAGAACGAGAUGCUCCGUUCAGAGAGAGAUGCCAUUCUCAUUAAGCUCGAGUCCAUGCAAAGCAAAAUCUCUGAAGGUACGAAAGAAUUGGAAGAUGCAGAGAAGAAAAAUGCCGAGGCACUGGACCAGCUUAAAGCUUUAUACCUUCGUGAUCAGGAGCAGGCUUCUGAGUACACCGUCAAGUUAGAGCACCAAGAGGCAGCAAAGAAGGAGUUAGAGGAACUUUUAGCCCAUAAAGAAGCCUUGAUCAAUAAGUUGCAAGAGGAGGUAAACAAAAGGAGACUGAACUUCCACAAGUGUUUUGAAGCCUACCAGAUGAUUAGCUGGUCUAAUAAGUUUGCCAUGGAUUCAUUGAAGAGGCACCUCAAAGAAAGCUACGAGGCAAUGGCUCCAUUCUUCCUCCCUGAAUCCGCCUCAGAUUAUACCGGUCUCUACUAUCAGCUUGUGCUGCUUCCAAGCUUCAACAAGGAUAACCAAGCUGUUCUUACCAGGUUGACUACGGCACUCGUUGAGUCUAACCGUCAAAUGGUCAAGCGUUACAUUGAGACUUAUGAUAAUCUCAACCGAGAGAAGUCGAUCAGUUUGGGCCAACACAAGGAGCUUAUAGAGGUGAUCAGGAGCUUGAAGGGUCAAAGACGAAGGCAAAAGGAAGCAGCUCAGAUGGCUCCUCCAAAGAAGCCAGAAGCGAAGGUUGAAAGCUCAACAGCGCAGCCCCUCAGGAUAAAAAGCUUACCUGUGGAGAAACUGAAGGCGUUAACUGAAGCUCCUUCGUGA